AUUCCUUCACAGCAAUUCAAUACACAAUAAAACAACACAUUCUACGCAGAGGAGGCUAAGGCAGAAAUGGGACUGGAAAUUGUGGAACCAAACACAUGCAUUCGGGGUUGUUGUCACAGCCAAACAAUCCCUCUUCAUCUCCCGCCUUCUUCUUACUCCCUCUCAUCCCCAAUUGCUCGAGGGGCGGAGAGUGUGGUGUAUGAUGCUAUUCUUGAUGGUAAAAAAUUGGCAGUGAAAAAGCCCAUUUUGUCCACCUCUGAAGACAUUGAUAAGUUCCAUAAGCAAUUGCAAUUACUCUGCAAGUUGGAUCAUACGGGGAUAGCUAAGCUAGUAGCAGCGCAUGCUCGGCCGCCAAAUUAUAUGUUCUUCUUCGAGUUUUAUGAGUGUGGAAAUCUUGCGGAGAAAUUACAUGUGGAUGAAUGGGUACCAACCUUCGAUCAAGUGAUUCACAUUGCGUUGGAUUUAGCAAAAUCUCUGAAGUAUCUACAUAGUCUUGGGAUUGUACAUAGAGAUGUGAAACCGUCAAAUAUUCUUCUUGACAGGAACCUCCGUCCACAUUUGGCAGACUUUGGUUUGGCAGAAUACUUGAGAGAUCUUAAGCAAGUUUCAAUUGGUAAUUGGAAACCAUCAGGUAAACCAACCGGAGGUUUCCACAAAAGGAAUAUGGUUGGCACCCUCAUAUACAUGGCACCUGAAAUACUGACGAAAGAUUUACAGACAGAAAAAUCUGAUGUCUACAGUUUUGGUGUAUCAUUGAACGAGCUUCUUACUGGGGUUGUCCCAUAUACUGAUCUUCGUGCAGAAGCCCAGGCCCACACUGUGCUAGAAAUGAACUAUACUGAGCAAAAACUUACAGCAGCUGUUGUAUCUGAAGGAUUGCGACCUGUACUUGCUAGUAGUAAAUUGGGUGCAUCAGCAAGUGUGUUGUCUUUAAUUGAGAGAUGCUGGGAUGCAGAUCCUGAAAGUAGGCCUUCUUUUGAUGAUAUAGUUGUGGAACUGGAUGCAAUUCUUGAAAACAGCAAUAAUAGAGAGGAAAUGGCCGUAAUUCAACCUUCUGUAACCCCAGAGCAUUCAAAUGUUACAAAUUCUAGAAGUUUUCAUGAGAGCAUAAACUGGUUCACGCAAGGAAAAUAUUCUUCAAAAGAAGCAUCUAUUAUGCCAGAGUCCUUUUUCAGAGUCUCGGUUGAUUCAUCUGCUGAUUCUUUUGCUUAUUCUCCAGUAGUAUCUUGGGGUUCCUUUGCAACGUGUGGAAGAAGGGAAACUAUGGAGGAUAGGCACUUUCUUAUGCCUCAUUUGUGUGAUGAAAAGGAUAUUCAUGCCUUUGGAAUUUUUGACGGCCAUCGUGGUGCAGCAGCUGCAGAGUUUUCAGCUGGAGCACUACCUGGAUUUCUGCAAACUUUAGCUUCCAUGAGCAGCCCAUCUGAUGCCCUUUACGAAGCAUUCGUCAAGACAGACUCUGCAUUCAGGGAAGAACUAGAUUCUCGUCGCAAAUCCAAGGGAGUUAUUAAGAAAGACUGGCAUCCUGGUUGUACUGCAGUCACUGCUCUUAUUGUAAAAAAUAGGCUUUUUGUUGCUAAUGCUGGUGACUGCAGAACCAUGUUGUGCCGCUCUGGUCAUCCAUAUUCUUUAAGCAGGGAUCAUGUUGCAAGUUGGUCUGAAGAGAGAGAACGUGUCAUUAGUGCUGGUGGCCAAGUCAAAUGGCAAAUUGAUACAUGGAGGGUUGGUCAAGCUGCUCUCCAGGUUACACGGUCUAUUGGAGAUGAUGAUCUGAAGCCUGCUGUAACAGCUGAACCUGAGAUAACUGAAACCAUACUCUCUGCAGCAGAUGAAUACAUUGUAAUGGCCAGUGAUGGGCUUUGGGAUGUUAUGAACGAAGCAGAUGUAAUAAGCAUAAUCAAGGAUACUGUUAAAGAACCUGGAAUGUGCUCAAAAAGAUUGGCUACUGAAGCUGCUGAACGAGGCAGCAAAGAUAACAUAACAGUUAUCAUUAUUUUCCUCCGCCCAGUCUCCACAGCAGAGAGAAUUUACUAGCUUUUAAAGAGUUCUGCACGGUGCAAAUUACAAAAAUUUACAUGUUUUACCCUGUAUUUUACAGCUUCUUGUGUUGUAGCUACCAUUAUUUAUUCUUUGAAUUUGCGUUUACAAUGCAGCACGAAGGAUCAUACUCUCAAAUCAUGUUCUUCCGUGUUAUUAAACAUACUGUUGCUAUUUUGUCUGCUGUCAUAGUUUUUUACAUUC